AUGGGGGAGGAGAGGAUGGAGGUGGACAAUACUGGGCUGCCAGCGAAUCCUCCUCCCCCCCGGGAAGACGGCGGAUCCCCCGCCCCAGGAAAAGAAGACCUGGGACGUCGUCACGCCGGGCGCGGCCGGCACGUCCCGGGCUUCGACGUCGGGGGUGGGGAGGACGCGGGCGGGGAAGAGGGAGAGGUCCGCUUCGAGAAAUCGGGCCGAUCCCAAAACCCCCGCGAAGGACUCCUCUUCACCGUCCCCCCACGCCCCGCGGAAACAGGCGGGGGAGCUUACGGGGGAGAUGGUGGAGAGGAGGAUUCGGGAGGUGGUCGGCGAGUCCUUCCAGAGGAUGGAGGACUUGAUCCGGUCCUUGGUCGGCGGCGGGGCCCGUGA